CGCUUGCUAAAUCGACUUUGGAAAUGCCACCGCACUUUUGAUUUGCGGUGUCGUGGAGCAGACAUGGUGGCGAGUGGUCCAUUGAAAGCGGGUUUGUCCGCCGUGCGCCGCCGCCACCUCAUGAUCAUCACCAAGCUGCUCAAUGACAGCGCUUCGUCCACGUCGCUCCACGUCACGACGAUCACCGACAAAGUCCCCAAGCUCGCGUACAAGAUGGAGCACCGCUUGUUUCAGCUGUGCUCGGACGAGACCGUGUUGAACGAAGACACGAUCCGCGACCGGCUCAAAGCCAUCAUCUCCAACCAGUGCAUGGCGCGCGUCGCGCAGUACGACGUCGAGACGACCAUGUAAAAAGCAAGCCCACCGUCUUCCACCCCACGCGACCAACCCACGAAUUCCUCUACUUGGUGCAUGUCUGUAUAGCCCUCCGUUUCCAAUCUCUAAUAUUUUGAAAUCUAAGCUUAUCUUUAUCACA